CAUCAUCCUUUGCGCGCGGCAGUAGAGCCACAACACGGCAGGCUAUCUGGCGUUAGCUGAAGACACACAACAGAGCCCCAAUAAGGAUUUAACCUCACAGUUUCUUCGCCACCAUGAAAGAUGUUAGCGGCUACCUCAAACAGCAGCAGAGUAAUAGCACCACCCCGGAGAUGGCGACGGAGUGGCACACGUUGGAGGAGUUGCACAACAAAAGAUUGUGGCAUCAGUUGACUCUCAGGCUGACAGACUUUGUUAAAGAUCCUUGCUUCAAAACGGGAGAUGGCCUCAUACAGCUCUAUGACAACUUCAUCAGUGACUUCGAUCACAGAAUCAACCCCUUGUCCCUCAUGGAGAUCAUACUGUAUGUGGCCAGACAGAUGAAAGAUCCCAAAGAUGCCAUCACUUUUCUUGAGAAGACCAGGGAAAAGGUGAAAAGCAGCGACGAGGCCGUCAUUCUCUGCAAGACGUCUAUCGGCAGACUUAAACUGGAGAUCAACGAUCUUCCCGCCACAAAGAAACUCAUCGAAGAGGUCGAGGAAAUGUUGAAUAACUUGCCCGGAGUGACGUCGGUGCACGGCCGCUUUUAUGACCUGUCCAGCAAAUACUAUCGAAUCAUCGGGAACCACGCCUCCUACUACAAGGACGCCCUGCGCUACCUCGGCUGCGUGGACAUCAAAGACCUCCCGGAGACGGAGAAGCAGGAGAGGGCCUUCACGCUGGGACUGGCCGGGCUCUUGGGAGAAGGAGUUUACAACUUCGGGGAGCUGCUCAUGCAUCCCGUGCUGGAGUCCCUGAGGAACACGGACAAGCAGUGGCUCAUCGACACGCUGUACGCCUUCAACGGAGGCAACGUGGAGAAAUUCCAGAGCUUCAAAUCGGCCUGGGGCCAACAGCCCGAUCUCGCAGCACACGAAGCCAAACUGAUGCAGAAGAUCCAGCUGCUGUGCGUGAUGGAGAUGACCUUCACUCGUCCUGCCAACCACAGACAGCUCACCUUCACCGAGAUCUCUCAGAGCGCCAAAAUCCCCGUCAACGAGGUGGAGCUGCUGGUGAUGAAGGCUCUGUCCGUGGGCCUGAUCAAAGGGAACAUCGACGAGGUGGACCAGAAGGUGCAGAUGACCUGGGUGCAGCCCAGAGUGCUGGACCUGCAGCAGAUCAAAGGCAUGAAGGAGCGUCUGGACGUCUGGUGUGGAGACGUGAAGAACAUGGCCAUGCUGGUGGAGCAACAAGCCCACGACAUCCUCACCUGAACCACGUCCUACCCCCCCGGUGCUGGGAGGACACUUUGUUUUCUAAUGCUCCCUUUCUACCAGAUGUUCAUUCUUUGCUGUUUAUUAUCAACCUGUAAAAAUACACUGUGGUGUUUUACAAAUAAACAAAUGGUUGUAACAUUAUUAUCCAGACACAUGGUCUAAAACAUUAAUAAAAAUGAUUUAAAACGUA